GAAAUAUGAAAGGAAAUGAAUAAUCACAUAUACAAAUCUAAAUACAAUCUGAUCCAGCGAUGCAAUAAUUAGUAGUAUAGACUACACACGAAGUGUUGACAGCUUAAAAAGGCCUCUUGGGGAUCUCUUCUCUGAUACCAUCCUCCCUUCUGUGUUUCUGUGUUCUUAUAUUUGUUCAGUUGCCAUAGCACCGAAGUUCAUCCUCAAACAAUCUGCAGUUCAUCUGGGAAGCCAAGAAAUUAUUGAAGUUUCUGCAAACAGAAGAGAGAGAAGAAGAGAAAGAUGAGUUAUUAUGGGGAGAGAAACCUAGGAAAUCACGAAAGAACAGCAGCAGCAGCAGCAUCAUCGUCUCGGAAGAGCAAGAAGAGCAAUUCGGAGAAGCCUAAAACGCCCCAAAGAGGUCUUGGGGUUGCCCAGUUAGAGAAGAUUAGAUUGCACAGUCAAAUGGGUUGCGCUUAUCAUCUCCCUGCAACUUCUCUUCAUCAUAACCCUUUCGCCGCUAAUCUCUCCCAGGAGGACAUGAGAUUGCAGACAGCUUAUAAUUCCUCGUCUUCAUCAUCAUCUUAUGCUUGUCUUCCUGCCUUUCAAACCAUGAUGGGAAAUGACAUGGAAAGAGCAAAUAUCAGAUUUGGAGAUUCCCAACCUAGCUCAACCCCAAGUUGGCAUCCUGGCACAGUCUAUGAGCCCCAACAAUAUGCACAACCAAACAUGACUAGACAUUUCCUCAACCUACAAGUAGAGGACUCGAUCGAGAAGAAGAGGAAGAAAGACAGAAGUGAUUCAAUGGGUUCAGGUAGUCAGAAUUCUGAUCAAUGCAAUGGGAGUCAAGAAUUAGACCUGGAGCUCAGAUUAUGACAUUGGUGAUCAGAAGCUAAGAUUAAUGGAAGAAAGAAAGUACUGUUUUUCUGGUACUAUAACACACUGUAUGGAUUUCCUUUCACUUAUGUUCAAAAUUAAAGUAGAACACAUUAUUAAUCAAAGCUAAAGUUGCAAAAAGUAUAAUUAAUUAAGCAAGUUGAUGGAUGGAAUUUGUCCAACUGUA